AUGAUGGAGUUCGAGAGACUAUCGGAAAAUAUAUCUGAACAGCUUGUUCAGAUGACGAAGUCGUUGCGGUCUUUCCGAGAUCGUUCACUCUUCACUGAUGUUAUAUUAUGUGCUGGUGAUGAAGAACUCCCUUGCCACAAGGCAGUACUAGCUGCUAGUUCAACAUAUUUCUUAGCCAUGUUUUCAUCGCCAUAUAAAGAACAACAAACAUCUCGAGUUAAGUUAGAUUAUAUUUCUCCUUGGGCUCUUCGUCGUUUGCUUGAUUUUGCAUAUCUUGGUUGCUUAGAAAUUACAGAAGCCACUGUACAAGAUAUAUUUCUUGCUGCUAGUUUACUUGACUAUCCAAUAGCUAUCAAAUAUUGUGUUGAAUUCAUGAAGAGUCAUUUAGAUGUUACAAAUUGUUUAGGUAUCGAGGCAUUGGCUGAAAUGCACAAUAUUGCUGAUUUAGCUCAAUCGUCUCAUAAAUUGGCUGUAGAAAAUUUCUCAAGCUUACUAAGAGAAUCUAACGAAUGGACCAGUUUGCCUAUUUCGACUGUCAUUUCAUAUAUCUCUUCAGAUGACUUGGAUGUACCUUCGGAACAAUUUGUAUGGGAUGCUUGUAUUAAUUGGGUCGACCAGUCUUCUGAAACACGAAUUGUCUACCUCCCUCAACUACUGUCACAUAUUCGUUUGAAAUAUUUGGAAAAAGAAAUGUUGGAAAUUCAAUUACAAGAAAAUCCUUUAAUUAUUGAAUGCAAAAUUGCUCAGAAUAUCAUCAGAUAUUUUCUUCACAACGCUUAUAACGGUGAUGAUAAUCCAUCAAUGUAUGUCAACAAUUUACCAGCUCGCCUAGCUACACUGAAACAUCCUACGUUAGUUGUUUUAGGUGGUCUCAAUACAUGCAUUUUAAAUUGUAUGCAGUCAUUUUCACCAUCUAGAACAGUAUGGCAUACUUGUCCUUCUAUGCCCGUGGAUAGUUUAGCGUGGUUCUCUGUGUCUGUCAUUGCAAAUACUCUAUUUGUUAUUGGUGGAAUUAAAGCCGGUACACUCAUGGAUUCAGUGUAUGCGUAUUCACCUGUUCGAUCUUCAUGGAGUCAACGCAAAUGUAUGCCGCAGGCGAGGGCUCGGCAUUUUUCUGUUUCUGUUGGUAGCCGGUAUAUUUUUGUAUUCGGUGGUGUAACAAUGUCUAUAAACUCUAAUCAUCGACAUCAUUCAUCAGAUCGUGUAAUUAUGAAUCAUUUACAAGAAACUAACCCUUCGUCAAACAGGCGGAAUUAUGUUUCCUCGCGAUUGUCAGCAUUCAACCCAGUAACUGAAUUAGAUAUUCCUACAUUGAAUUUUGAAAAAUCCAUCAUUCGAUAUGAUAUCUGUAGCGAUACAUGGCUUAAUGUAGGAGAAACGGAUAAUCCAAGACUAGAGUCACAUGUAGUCUUGAUUAAUGAAUCGAAUGAGAAUGCAAGUUUCAAUCUACAACCAUCUGAUGGAAUUCAUGAGACGGAUAGUGAACAAACUUCAUUACGUUCAGAUUUAUCAGAUAACACAUCAGUUUCAGAAAAUAAUAUUACCAACAACAGUAAUGGUACUAAUCAAACCAAUAAAACCCGUCGAAGAAAUAAUUCUAUGAAUGUAAAUUUUGAACGUGUUUUUGUUGAAAUCGGUGGAAUAACUGAAACACAACCACAUGGUACGGAUCAGGUUGCUUUUUAUCGUUUACGUCCUGAUUAUACAGUAUUUUGCACCGCGGAUUACAUAAAACUCCCACAACAAGUUCGCUAUGUGAACUGUUGUGUGCAUCAAGAUACCAACCUGGUGUAUAUAUUUUGGGAAUCAACAAGUGAAUUGUCAGUUUUGGAUCUUCGUCGUCACACACUACGCUCACUAGCUCCCUUGGUUUCUUCCUCCACUUCAUCUCCAAACGAAGCGCGGAUAUAUGCUGGGUUAUCGUGGGUCGGAGAGCAUUUAUAUGUGGUUGGAGGAUUUAGUGAGUUUGUUGGUGAUGAUCGACGUCCUACUGUUCCACGAGAUGAUGUCCACUGUUAUGAUCCGACGACGAACACAUGGUCCUGCAUUAAAGUUCUAAAUACAACAGUCCCUCGAGCUAUCUUCGGUUGUGUUUGUCUCAAUAUGUGA